AUGGCCGACCAACAGCUUCACCACCUCCGCAACAAGUCCGCCGGCGCCCGCGUCGUCGUCGUUGCAGAGCACCACCAGAACACCCAAACGCCCACGCCCGCGCCCGCGCCCUCCCGCCCAACGCUGCCCGCCCGCACGUACUCCGCGCCCGCGGGGGAACUGCCCCGUCACGUCCGGGCCUCGAAACAGCCCGAUGUCGCGAUUGCGCAGAUUGACGAGCGCCGUCCCCUGUCCCCUUCUGACGAGACUCCCGACCGAAACCCUAAUGCCGCUGCGCCGCCGCUGGUGACCAUGCCGCCGCCGCCCACGCCCACGCCCAAACUCCGCCUGCCGCAGGUCAACAUGGCGGUGGUCGGCACACGCGGUGUCGGCAAGUCGACGUUCGUCAAGUACGCGCUGGACCUGAAGCAGACACCGAUUGCGCGCUCAUCCGUCAAGAAGAUGUCGCUGGACGGCACCAUCUACCUGGUGCGCGUGCUGGAGAUUGGCAUCCACAAAAUCGACAUCGACGAUACGGGCCGCAUCACUUGGCCGCGCGCGCUGGGCGAGCAGGCCCUGCCGCCCAUCGACGGCGUGCUCGCCCUGUUCGACUCCGCCGACCCCAGCAGCCUGACCCAGCUCUCCGAGCUCAUCGGCGCCCUGCGGAGAUCCAGUAAUAUCCCGUUUCUGGUUGUGGCCUGCAAGUGCGACACGCCGCGACACUCGUCCCAGCACGACCCGGCCGUGCUCGAGCAGGCGAACCGGCUACUGGCCGGCACCGACGCCAUCCAGACGUCCAUCCGCGUCAAGGAGUCGCACAAGAAGUGCAUCUCGACCGUGUUGCGCGCGAUUAUUGUGCGUUCGUCGGAUGUAGCGUUUAAGAAAAAGCACUCCCCCUCAAAGACCCGAUCCACUUACAGCACCGUCCCACCUCGCCAAAACGUUUAUUCGAGCCGUCACCACACACGAGCCCAAUCCGAAAUCCCCAAGAGCUCCCACCUCACCACCCCCGCUGAUCCUUACGCCGACGGACUUGAUCCGACUCUGGCUGUCAACGUCCAUGGUGCAAGAUAUGGUCGCAGCAACUCGCACCCUGUUCCACCAAGGACACCUCCGGGGAGUCGGAUAACUCGUGCCUCUGCUGUCACCGUCGACCCUGUGCCCGAAGAGUCCUCGCCCCCCCGCCUCGCUCCGCCCCCGAAAUUCCCGUCGCAGUGGAGACACAGCGCCAGCUCCAACGCCUUCAAUUCGUUUCUGGACAUGGAGGACGAGGGAGACGAUUCGCCCAACCCGCUGGCUAGCCCGGUCAGUCUGAACAAGACUGUGAAGGGGAAGGUAGAAGAGCGUGGUUUCACAUUUGGCGAGCUGGUGGAUCGACUCCUGUCCAUGCCUCAGACGAAGCAAGAUGCGAAGUUUCUACCCGUCUUUUUGUGCCUGUAUCGAAAAUUUGCCGUGCCUGGCCGGCUUUUGAUGUCGAUUAUUGCGCGAUUUGAAAAGAUCAAUACCAGCGAUGCACCACGUUUAAAACGAUAUGCGGAUCAAUUAUCUAUUCUUAAUGUUCUGGCGCAGUGGGUGUCUGAAUACCCCGGGGAUUUUGCCGAUGCAAAGACCCGCAAACGGCUUACGACCUUUAUCGCUGACCUCGAAAAACACAUGGUAUUUGCCUUCGCCGCGAAGGAGAUGAGCUCCUAUCUUGAAAAAUUUGUUGAGGAUGAUGAUAUUGCGUGGGCUUUUAUAACAGAAAAGAGUGAAUGCGACAACUUGGAAACAUUUUUAGAUAUAUCUGAUCAGAGCUCCCCUACGACCUCCAUUUCCCAGAGCGCGGACGAGAUGGCCCUGUCCGUGGCGACGAUAGACCUGAAUGAGGAAAACGUCGACCAUUCGUCUCAGUGCUCUAACCCUUCGAAUUCAUCAACAAUAAAUAGAUGCGGAAGCAUUUCUAGCCAGUCGUUAAAAACACUAAUGACCACGGAAGUCGCACAGCGCGAGGCACGGCGGCUUGAGAUACUACCUCGACACUCCCUUGGCAAAUCACAAUGGCGGAUCUUCAUCGAAACGCCGGACGAGGAUUUCGCGCGAGAGAUCACCCGGAUAGACUGGGUCAUGUAUAGCUCCUUCACGCCGCGAGAACUGGUUCGGCAUGUGGGAACCAGCUCCGAAAACAAGGAAAAGCCGUCCAGCCAUUUGGAGAACGUCAAUAGAAUGAUUAAGGGGUUCAACCAUCUCGCGUACUUUGUUGCGAGUAUGGUUUUACUCAGAGAUAAAGCAAAACAUAGGGCUCAGGCAUUAGAAAAAUUUGUUAAUGUCGCAUGGCACCUACGCCAAAUGCAUAAUUACAACUCCCUUGGAGCUAUAAUUGCGGGGCUUAACGGAACUCCGAUCUACCGAUUAGCACAGACGCGAGAGCUCGUCUCGCAGUCUGCCCAAAAGCAUUUGAUGAGUUUAGUUAUAUUAAUGGGCACCCAAAAGAGCCAUUUCGCUUAUCGACUGGCCUGGGAGAACACCUUCACCGAACGAAUCCCCUUCCUCCCGCUUCAUCUGCGCGACCUGGUGUCGGCCGAGGAGGGCAACCGGACCCUCAUCGGCGAUCGCAUCAACUGGCGCAAGUUUGAGGUCAUGGGCGAUGUCAUUCUUGGAGUCCAGCAGAGCCAACGGACGCCCUUCCCGACGUUCAGCGCUAAUGAAACGGUGCGCCGCCUGCUUCUCGAAGCGAGGUUCACCGGUGAUGAGGAGGAAUUAUACAGUCGGAGCUUGACCGUGGAACCCUCCGCUGUCAUCGGUGGCGGGCAUGAUACCAAGUAUAAGCGCUUCGUCUGGCGACGAAACUGA